CCUUCAUAGAGUCGAGAGUCGGAACUGAAAGCUGAGAGGUGCUUACGGAAAGCAUCUGAGGAAGAUCAACAGAGAAGUGCAUUUGUGUGAUUCGAUAACUCCACACAAUCCUCGCAAACGGGUGGUUGGGAUUCACGUCGAGCGGAAUUAUCCGGUGGUUCCAAGUGCAAUCGAUGAUAUCAAGGGAGGGGGAAAAAUUUGGCUGAUUGGAAAAAUUGUUGAUUUCGUCUGUAAGUCGGUGGAAUUCUGUGAAUUUUGCAAUUAGCAUUUCCCCAAUUGGUUAUGGUGGUGUUUCCCUUUUUCACUCUGGAGAGGAAUCGAGUGAUUUUGUGCUAAUUUCGAUUAUGGCGUCACGGUUUUGAGUUUUUCUUCUGCUCACUUUUGUUUGAUGUGAAAUCGGAAACCCUUGAUUCUGAACGGGGAUUUUUCUGAAAGCAUCAAAUUUCGAGUUGGCUGUAAUUUGCUCUGGAAAGCUCGAUUUGAGUUCUUACGUAGCGUGGAGGAAGGAGAAUUUAGUGUGAUUAGGUUUCGGAAAGAGUAAUUUAAUUUAUACAUGGAGACCGCUCCUCCGAUGGCUGUUCCAUGGGUUCCUGAAGAUGACCUAGCGUUGAAGAAUGCUGUUGAGGCUGGUGCAUCAUUGGAAGCACUUGCCAAGGGUGCAGUGCAGUUUUCUCGCAAGUAUACUUUAAAAGAACUGCGAGAGAGAUGGUUCGCACUUCUCUAUGAUUCUGAUAUUUCAACUCAGGCUUCUGAACGUAUGUUUGAGCAUGAGAUAUCUGGCUUAACUCAUGCACCAAAGUUAAAUAAAUCAGAGAACACAUCCGGUAAUAAAGAGGUUUCACUGAAGAGGAAAGCUGGGAGCGUUCGAAGGGACUACUAUGCCAUGAGGAAAAAAUUACGAGCUGAAGUUUUUAGUAGCAAUCUUUUUGGACCAACUUCUGAUAAACAGAUGAUGCUUGAUGGGAAUGCUUUGGCCCAAAAUUGUAUUCUUGGAGACGAUAUACCAGAUCAUUUAAGACUUCAGGAGGAAGAUUUAGAUAUUUUACGUCAUGCUUUUCUGGGAACAAGGAAUGAAGUCGCUGCAGAACCAAGUGCAAACUCCUUUGACGUAAAGAAAAGAAGUGGAAUCAUAGGUGGCUAUGGAUAUAACAAGAAUGUUGCUUCUGCAUUGACAAAAGGUAAGAAAGAUAUUUUGGAGAUCAAUAUUAAAAACACCGAAAGUCCACUUACCCUCGGACAAAGUUCAGUAGACGAUGAUAAUCCCCACAAUUCUGCCGUUGGAUUUGAGGGUAGACAACAAUGUAAUACUCCUAAUUCAGACAGAUUUUCUUCUUUUCAAGGAGUUGCAUUUGCACCCGACUCACCUCACGUAAGCCACUGGGGCGCAGUGCAAGAUUUUUUGGCUCCUUCAAUACCUGUUAGCAUGAGUCUCCAAGAUGCAGCUCAUGAUUCUGAAGAUGUAAUUUCUAAUGAUAUUGGGGUUAAAGAAGAUGGUUCGGGUCCAUGCACAGGUGAAUUGGUCUACCCAGAUUCACUUUUGAACCUCUCAAAUGAUGAAGAGAUUCUUUUGGAGGAUGCUGACGGAAAAAAUGGAGAUAAGAAAGUACGCAGCAACAAUAUUGAUUCAGUUCUUGAGGUUUCCAAUAAAGCUAUUCAGGAAAAUGAUGUUUCAAAAGCUGAAAAUGAGACUCAAAUUGUCGUAGACGCUAGUGCAGUGUCUGCUCAUGGAGAAAGUGCUAUUGUCGUAGAAGCUAGUGCAGUGUCUGCUCAUGGAGAAAAUGCUGUGGCAGUGGACGUUGCUGCGCCCUCUGGUCAUGGAGACCAUAAGAGUUCUCAGCCUGCACUCGAUGUGCCUUUGAAACCAACUGUAAAAUCCGAUUUUUCGGAACUCAGUGAUGGCAAGAUCUGCUGCGUGUUGAACACUGAAGACACUGAAAUUCCAUGCAAUGAUGAUAUAUUCUUACUCAUCCAUCCUUCGACGUCAUUUGGUUCUUUGACACAACCAACCACCGCAGCAUUUAUGAAUGCAUCGUCUGUUGCACAUGCAAAGAAUAGUGAACAAGUUAUGGGUUGGCCGGAAAAAGCAACAGGGUCUACCAAACCUUUUGGGUUGGGCCAGAAGAUUGGAAAACGUGGCUUGCCAGGACCUAAUUACGUUCAACCAUUAAAAAGUGAAAGUUACAAUUCUAGGUCUCAGGUCCUAUCGAGAUUUAUGGACAAAACCAUUGGAGAAUCUAGUCAAAACAAACCCCUUAAUGCAAUUGCACUGCCAUCUACCAAUAGGCCUCCCGAGAAAGAAGUUUCUAGUGAGAUGAAGGUUGGUGAAAACCCGGCGACAACUAGUGCAAUAAUGGAAGAUAGAGAAGCAAGUUAUGGUGGAGCCCCAAUUCAAGAACCAGCUCUUGAUUCCUCGGCAUCAGAUCUGAAUGAAGCUGAGAUUGAUGAUGAUGUGCCCCAUUUCUCAGAUGUAGAAGCAAUGAUACUUGAUAUGGACCUGGAGCCUUGUGAUCAAGACUCCAAUAAUAUUAGGAAAGUUCCAAAUUAUCAGUACGAUGAAACUAAAAGGACAAUCAUACGGUUGGAGCAAAAUGCUUAUUCAUGCUUGCAGAGGGCCAUGACAUCUCGAAGAGCCUUUGCCAUCUUUUAUGGCCGGCAUUUAAGGCAUUACAUCAAGAAGCCUGAGGUUUUACUAGGAAGAUCAACAGAUGAUAUUGAAGUUGACAUCGACCUAAGUAGAGAAGGGAGAGCCAAUAAGAUAUCGCGACGGCAGGCUAUAAUCAAGAUGGAAGAUAAUGGAUCUUUCUUUCUAAGAAAUCUUGGGAAGAGCUCCGUGACUGUGAAUGGCCUGCCAGUAGCUAGAGGCCAAUUAGUGAACCUGAGUUCCAGUUCUUUGGUUGAGAUUAAAGGGAUGAAUUUUGUAUUUGAGAUCAACCAAGGAUACGUGAGGAACUACUUAGCCAACUUAUGUCGGAAAAACAAAAGAAAGUUGGAAAAGACUGACUGGUCUGGCGAGGAUGAAUCAUGACUGGAUUCUGGUAAAAAAAAAAAAAAGAAAAAGAAAAAAGGUUGGUUCAUCUUUCCUUUUUACUGAAUAAAUCUGUGCGUGUGUAUGCAUAAGCAUAGCAACUUCUGAGAAUCUAUAUGUAUUCUUACUUUUGUCGCUAAACGACAAAAAUUGUAAAUAAGCGAGGUUGUAAUGUUAUUGUAUGGUGGGAUUCUUCUGUGUAUUAACAUAUUGCUUCUCCUUGUUCAAAUAUGUUAGUUUUGCUUCAUGAAAAUCCAUCAGCUGUUUCCAUCA